AAGAUUAUAAAAUGGGUGAAUUUGUGGCUGUUAGCGUCAUACCGACUAGCAUCCUUCUCAUAAGAAUAACGUAGCAGUGAAACGUGUAACAAGUGCUAAAAAAGUAUAAUACAUCAUUGUUUGUCGAAGGAUAAAUCAAUGAAGUAACAAUGACUGCGGAAGAAGGAAGCGGGAACGCCGAACGGAAGUCGCGGCGGUCGCAAAUAAUAGCUAGUGUAAUAGUCAAUCUACCGUUGAUCUCCUGUGGACUUGCCUUCUCCUGGGUAACAGUUGCUAAGUUAAAUUUGGAAACCAACGAAGGAAGUUGGGUAGUAGCAGCAACACCAAUAGGCGCAUGUUUCGGACCAAUUUUGUCCGCUUUACUGUUGGACCGCAUCGGCAGAAAAUGGUUCCUUUACGGCACCACGUUUCCGUUCAUCGCCUCGUGGAUACUCACUUAUUUAGCAAAGAGUUGGACAUUAUAUAUCGUGGCAAGAUUAAUAUCCGGCGUAUCGAUUGGAGCCAUCUACACCAUGGUUCCUGUGUACCUCGGUGAACUUAUGGAGCCGAGAAUCAGAGGGUCGGCCGGCACUAUGAUGAGCUUGUUUCUUAAUCUGGGAUACAUCGUUAUGUACGGUGUUGGUCCGCGGUUGGACAGAAAGAUGAUGGCGUUAGUCUGUUUGGUGCCCUGUGUGGUAUUUCUCUUAACGGCUCCGUGGAUACCUGAAUCGCCUUAUUAUUACUUGAAAAGGGAGAGGGAAAAGUACGCAGCACUCUCCUUGGUAUGGCUGAGGCGCACAAAGGACAACACUGCAGAGAUCAACGAAAUAAAGGAGUUCAUAAAAGCUGAAGAAAAAGGCAGCGUCAUGGACUUGUACAGGCAUUCAACUUACAAGAUCGCAAUGUUGCUGGUGCUGUUAUUGCUGGCGGGUCAACAGUUGUCCGGAUUUAUAGCCAUUCAGUCGUACGCUGUAACAUUGCUCAUAGACAUGCAUUUGUCCCUUAAUACCAACCUCGUGCUUAUUAUAAUGGGCAGCAUAUCUUUGGUGAUGAGUGUAUUGUCUACGUUCAUUAUAGACAGGCUAGGCAGAAGACUUGUUUUCUUAACAUCAUCGUACAGCACUUCUCUGUGCCUUCUUGUCGUUGGACUGUACUUCCUCCUGAACAAAAUUGGUAUGAAAAUCGAGAGUUUGUCUAUAAUACCGUUAAUCGCUGUUUUCCUUUACCUAAUUUUCUUCUCAUUUGGUUUGGCCACCAUCCCGUCUGUUUUCAUCUCGGAAAUUUUCCCGAUAAGCGUGAAAAGCUGGGCAACUACGAUUGCAAACACAUACGGAUCCCUACUCGGUCUAGUCGUAACGCAAUGUUAUAGCAUUAUACAGAGACAGUUUGGCUAUCAUGUACUCUUUCUCUUCUUCGCCAUUGUCGAGCUUGUAGUGGCAAUUGUCGCGUCGAUCUAUAUGCCAGAAACGGCGCGCAAAUCUUUCAUGGAAAUCCAGAAUAUUCUAAAAGAGAAAGAUAGUAAAAAAAUAGCAGUAUCGCCGGUUAAGGCAGAAGACCUUAAUGAGACAAAAUGAAAUAAAUGAUCUUUCUUCCAUUCUAAUUAUUUUCUAAGUAUUUUUCAUAUUUGUCUGUUUCCGUUUCCUUUUUAGGUAAACCUUCAAAUAUCGUUUCAACUUCAAAAAACGUUCCAAUUUCAAAAAAUGUUCCAACUUUAAAUAUCGCUCCAACUUUAAAUAUCGCUCCAACUUUAAAUAUCGUUCCAAAUUCAGUCAUCCAAAGUUUCUUUAAUAAACAUCUGUGUUUCAUAGAGAACGUUGAUAUAGAGAAGGAAACUGAAAAAUAAAUUACUGACAAUGUUAUAAUGCGGUAUAAGCGGCAAAAGAUAUCAAGAUGAUUACAAAACCUAACUGUAUUUCGUACCAAAUUGUUAUCGACAGACUGAGCGAGGCCCAAAUCACGCAUUCGUUUACGUUCUCUUGCCGUCUGGCUUGAAACACUCGCUUUUCUACCUUUAUCAUGAAAGAAUAUUGUCUCAUCAUCCUCAUUGACGAGCGAUAAAAUGAAAAUAUGAAAAUUACUUGCUAAGCGUGAAAAAAGAAAUAUAUAUAUAUAUUUUUUAUAUAUAUGUAUGUACUUUCUUGCAUUUCUAACGGGGAUGUGUACGGUGCAUAUGACGUGUUUGUAUUUUUGAAAUCAUCGUUGUUACCAGGAGGACUUUUCAUAUUUGAUUGUAGAAUGUCAGCGCUAUCAUGAUUGUUUUGGAUAUCACUGUACUAUGUAUGUAAUAUAAUAAAAUAUUGUUUAUAUGAUAAA